AAGGAGAUUCGAAAAAGGAAGAGAAGGAAGCAGAACGGCGGUUUAUUCGGACGUAAGCAGCACUAACUAAGAAGGGAGAAAGAAAGGCCCAUUGUCUUCUUCCUUCCUUCCCCACUCUUCCUUUACGCGUUUGUUUUUGCUUCUGCAUCCCUUCUUCUCAACCAUUCACACGCUCCUCUCUCUCUCUCUAGAAGCUUAAAAGUCUUUCCUUUUAGCGUUUACUCUGGGUUUGAAUUUUCUACAACCCCCCACCACGAUUCCGUCUUUCGACAAGGAAAGUUCUUGAAUUUUCUAUCCGUGUUCAAAGGGUUUCUCGUAAUUACUAGUACCCAACCGAUCUGAUUCUUGUUUCUCCUCGCUCCUCCUGAUUUUUUUUUCACAAUAAAGUUUAGAGAGACUCUGUUUCCUCUUGAUCAUCAUCAUCUAGGGUUUCUAUUUCUUAUAAUCUUAGGGAAAUGAGGAAGCCGAAGCUAUCGAAACUGGACGUGUUCGUGUCCGUCAGCAAGCAGAGAUCGGUGCAGAUUCUAACGGCGGUUGGGUUUCUCUACAUGCUCCUCAUCACUUUCGAAAUCCCCUUCGUCUUCAAAACAGGGUUUAGCACCUUGUCUCAGGACCCGUUAACCCGACCCGAGAAGCACAACAGCCAGCGUGAGUUACAAGAGAGGCUACCUCCGAGCCGGCCUUUAAAGAGCUUGCUUUUCCAGGAGCCAGAGUCUGAACCACCGGCGAUUCAGGGUUUAAGGAGGAGGAGUCAGAUCCUCUCUACCUUGAAGUUCGACCCGGAAACGUUUAACCCGGGUAGCAAAGACGGGUCGGUGGAGCUUCACAAGUCCGCUAAAGUAGCUUGGGAAGUCGGUAGAAAGCUAUGGGAAGAGCUCGAGUCUGGAAAGACCUUAAAGUCCUUGAAGAAGACCGAGGAAUCAAGCUCAUGCCCUCUCUCCGUUUCCUUAACCGGGUCUCAUCUUUCCAACCGUGGGAGCCUCAUGGAGCUUCCCUGCGGGUUAACUCUCGGAUCUCACAUCACAGUGGUUGGGAAGCCAAGAGCUGCUCACUCGGAGAAGGACCCGAAGAUAUCGAUGUUAAAGGAAGGAGAGGUUUCGCAGUUUAAGUUGGAGCUCCAGGGCUUGAAAGCAGUGGAUGGGGAAGAGCCACCUCGGAUCCUCCACUUGAACCCGAGGCUUAAGGGUGACUGGAGUGGUAAGCCUGUGAUUGAGCAGAACACUUGUUACCGGAUGCAGUGGGGGUCUGCACAAAGAUGCGAAGGAUGGAGAUCUAGAGACGAUGAAGAAACUGUUGAUGGUCAGGUGAAGUGCGAGAAAUGGGUUCGUGACGAUAGCGUUUCAUCUAAAGAAGAGCCUAGCAAGGCGGAUACAUGGUGGCUUAGUAGAUUAGUUGGUCGGAGCAAGAAAGUAACCGUUGAAUGGCCGUUUCCCUUCACGGUUGACAUGCUCUUUGUGCUUACACUUAGUGCUGGAUUGGAAGGUUUUCAUGUUAGUGUCGAUGGGAAGCACGUCACUUCCUUCCCUUACCGAACUGUAAGUGUACUUUGCUUGUGGUUUUGGUUAGUAAAUUGGCGUGAAACUGAUGAUUGUCUGUGUAUGAAGGGGUUUACGCUUGAGGAUGCUACUGGCUUAACCAUCAAUGGUGACAUUGAUGUUCACUCGGUUUUCGCUGGAUCUCUCCCGACCUCGCACCCUAGCUUUUCUCCUCAGAGGUACCUUGAGCUCUCGAGCAACUGGCAAGCACCAUCACUUCCUGAUGAGCAAGUUGAUAUGUUCAUUGGCAUCCUUUCUGCUGGUAACCAUUUUGCUGAGAGAAUGGCUGUGAGGAAGUCGUGGAUGCAGCAUAAGCUAGUUAAAUCUUCUAAAGUAGUGACUCGCUUCUUUGUUGCACUGCACACGAGGAAGGAAGUGAAUGUGGAGCUAAAGAAGGAAGCUGAGUUCUUUGGGGACAUAGUUAUAGUCCCUUACAUGGAUAGUUAUGACCUUGUUGUCCUCAAAACUGUUGCCAUCUGCGAGUAUGGGGCUCAUCAGCUUGCGGCAAAGUACAUCAUGAAGUGUGAUGACGAUACAUUUGUACAAGUAGAUGCGGUUCUUAGUGAAGCGAAGAGAACACCUGCAAAUAAGAGUUUAUACAUUGGCAACAUCAAUUAUUAUCACAAACCGCUCCGCCAGGGUAAAUGGGCUGUUACGUAUGAGGAAUGGCCCGAGGAAGACUAUCCACCUUAUGCUAAUGGACCGGGGUACAUAUUGUCAAAUGAUAUAUCUCGCUUCAUUGUAAAAGAGUUUGAGAAACACAAACUAAGGAUGUUCAAAAUGGAAGAUGUGAGUGUGGGAAUGUGGGUAGAACAAUUCAACAACGGGACCAAACCGGUGGAUUACAUUCACAGUCUCAAGUUUUGUCAGUUUGGUUGCAUAGAGAAUCACUUGACGGCGCAUUACCAGUCGCCAAGACAGAUGAUUUGCUUGUGGGAUAAGUUGGUUUUGACAGGAAAACCUCAGUGCUGCAACAUGAGAUGACACAAACCAGAUCACUCUCUGUUUCUCUUUGGUUUGUAAAGAUGAGGACAAUAGAAAUCAGAAGUCUUUUUUUUUUUUUUUUUUCUUGGUUUUGUAGCAUUUUCAUAGCAUAUAACUUUAGCUGUAGUGUAUAUCUUCUUGAUCUUGGAGAACGAAAUCUAAAAUAUAUAAAUCCUUUUUUUGUAGAACGCUCUUUUCUUAGUAUGGUUAGACAUCGAGAAUCUUUUGAAUUUUGUAAAAAUUAAAAAAAAAAAUUAUGUUAUGUAGUAUUUGUGUAUGC